AGCGGUGGAGUAGGAGUCGCGUGAAUUCGUACACGAAGGAUGGGCCGCUGUUUGUGAUAUAUGGGAAGUGAAAUGCGGCCCGUGUGGUGUUUGAGAAGCUGAUAUCAGCUAAGCGAGAAGUUACGAGUACCCCUCGCUACUUCGAGAAUUAGCUGCUCCAGCAAUGACGAUAACGAGUGUUGGCGUACCUUUGCAGAAUUAAGGCGGGGCGAGUUGCUGAGCUUCCGAGUGAAAAAAGGCACUACAGAGCUGUGCAACAUGUCCAUGUUUAGGACUGGCAUACUCGUCCUCACAUCCCCACUGCAUACUCUACCCCUGCGGAUCACACCUGUUCUGACAUCAGCCGCCCAGUUUGUGGAGCAGACUCUCUACGUUCAUCUCCACCCAGGCUUAAAUCUGUCCAGUAUAGUGCCAGCCAGACCAGUCUUUGUCCCCCCAUCUCACAACCUCUCAAGUCUUAUAACAAAACUUUAUUCCAGAGCGGCAGACGUGUGUGCCCAUUUGGACAUACGGGUCCUGUUGACCAAUGUCCGAAAUCAAGGUCUGUCCACCAACCCUUUCCCCACAGCCCAGAUUUUGUCUCAUACUCCCGAUGUGGUUCUUACAGACUUCAGUGUUUCAGAUUCCAGUCAGAUCAGCCUAGUGCAGAGUUGCUUGGAGAAAUAUACCAUGUGCUGUUACGCUUGUAAACCCCACCUGAAGUCUGUUCUGCUCGCACCCGAGGUGGAAAUCAUUGGGGAAGACAUGGAGCCUCAAAAAACUGAACUCUUGGAGACGUACAGCGAUGUGGUUGUUGGGGGAACUUUUGAUAGACUUCAUGGAGCUCACCGCACUCUCCUUACCGUGUCAUGUCUGAUGACAGAGAAGCGCUUUUUGAUUGGACUUUCAGACAGUGCCUUACUAAAAAACAAAGUCCUGAAGGAGCUGAUUCAACCUUAUGCCCUCCGCAUGGAAAAACUCCUCGAGUUCCUACAAGAUGUCAAGCCAGCCGUCCGCUAUGAGAUUGUACCACUGUCUGACCCCUACGGUCCAUCCAUCACCUAUCCUGAUCUCCAGUGUAUUGUGGUCAGCGAAGAAACCCGCAAAGGGGGCCAAGCCGUGAACAAAAAGAGAGUAGAAAAUGGACACCCUGAAUUGGUCAUCUAUGAGAUUAAGCUCAUCAAAGAUGCCCACCAUAGCGACACUGAGGAAGAAAAGAUCAGUUCGUCCAGUCUCCGUAGUCGCCUGCUUGGCACACUGUUGGCGCCACCUAAGAAAAAUCCAAACAUUCCACUCUUUCCCUAUGUGAUUGGCCUGACAGGAGGUAGUGGGAGCGGCAAGACCUCCAUUGCAAAGCGCCUAGAAGCUCUGGGGGCCGCCCAUAUCGACAGUGACCGCCUGGGACACGAAACCUAUAAUCCAGGAGGACCCACCUAUCACAAAGUAAAAGAGGUGUUUGGUAAUGAUAUCUUAAAUGAAGAUGGUACGAUCAACAGAUCUUUACUUGGAAAAAAAGUGUUUGGGAAUAAGGAGAAACUGAAGUGUUUGACUGAUAUUGUGUGGCCCGAAAUAGCAAAGCUUUCUACAAAGAAAAUAUUGGAGGCUGCAUCUCAGGGUAAGACUGUGUGUGUGCUGGAUGCAGCAGUUCUACUGGAGGCUGGUUGGACCGAUAUAGUCCAUGAGGUCUGGGUAACAAUCAUCCCAGAUGGCGAGGCAAUUGCCCGCAUAAUGACCAGAGAUGGUGUAAGUAAAGAGAAUGCGCAAAAGCGGCUGGAUAAUCAGUGGACCAAUGAACAAAGAGUGGAGAGAGCAAAUGUUGUCCUUUGCACAUCCUGGGAGCCAGAGGUUACACAAAGACAGGUACAGAAAGCUUGGGAUCUCCUACAGGAGAGAAUAAGAAACCAAAGAAACAAGAACCUGUCCUGAAAAGGCCUGCGAGGAACUGGAGUGUUUAAUGUUACAAAAUAUUGAUUGAACAAAAGAAAAAGAUUGUUGAAAUGAAUGAUUUUUUUUUUAAAUUUGCUCAAUUCUUGGUAAACCAGGUUUGGCAUCGGAAUAGCUUGUCACAUCGUGACAGCAAGAAUGUUUGUGCUUAUAAUUGAAGAAGCUGAAUAUUUUUACGUGAGAUGAACUUGAACCACAGAAUAUGGUGAGAGGGACAGAAGAAUUAAUUGUGACACAUUGUCAUGCAGUUAGUUAUCAUGAUGUGCCAGUAUGUUCACAUCACCAUAAAGAGAGAAAUCUGCCUUAGGAUCCGCCUGAGGAUCUUCUCAUUUGUUCAAACUAGCAGCCCACCAUUGUCAUGUUGGAUUUCUGCAGUGGACUGAAUUUAAAUUUGAUGACUUCCAGAAUUGUAUUAUUCUCUGUAAUUUUAACUUGUUUCACCUUCCUGGAAAGGGAACAUUGGAUAAGAUGGAAACCAACUGGCUCUGAGACCUUUUUAAUCUUAGUAAUGUUUUUAUUUUAAUUUUGGCCUGGUAAUGUGACAUUCAAUACUGUUGGAUUAAAGGUUAAUAGAUUUUAUGGAA